GAACUCACGGCCAAAUAUACGGAGGGAAACACGUGCGACUGCGCUAAAGAAAUGGAAUUGGAAAUAAUCGAUGUCGUCUCUCUCACUUCACAGGAUGACCGAUUGUUGGACGAGGACGAUGAAGCUUUAAGUAUUCAAUUAUCUGAAGCGGACGAUUAUCUUUUAGAGGAUGAUAGACAUUUAACAACAUCGCCAUCAGUAUUAAAAAUAUCACCUUCUCCAACUCCUCCCAGUCCACCUAAUGGAAAGAGAAUGAUCAAGCUGACAAAGAAGAGUAAUUCGAUUGCUCUUCCUCUCCCCUCUAAUGGAGAUGCAAAAAGAAAGAGACUUGUCAGAAGCAACUCUGUCAACAAUAUAGGAUCAGCUACUACUAGGAAAGUAAUAAAAUUAGAUGAUGAUGCCGAAGAUACUCUUGUUGCUAAGAAGAGCCAGCCAGUGCAAGGAGGACUCAAAACGAGCAAUGUUUCUGCCACUUUGGAUUAUCUGAAGAAAGGAAAGGGAAAGAAUGAAACUAUGGCCCCGCCUUCUCAUUAUUACAGACCAUCCCCAGUGUACGGCCAGUCUCAUGGAAAAAAGCGUAAUAAGAGACGUCCUCUGAGCUAUCUGCCACCACCAUCAAGCAAUGUUAGCAGUACUAGUCCAAGUGCUCCUGUAAAAUACCAGAAUCAGGAAUCACAGGGUAAUCGGUUACAUGACAAGGGAGGACAGUUUGAUUACAAGCCUCAGGUACGUAGUGUGAGAUAUGAAGAGACGAUAUCUCCUCAGCUUGAAGUUAGACUCUCAAAUCAUCCUGUAAGUUGUGACAAAGGUUUUCAUAAGAUGACCGUGUAUGAAGAUGGGAGUAAAAAAUAUUGGGAUAAAGUAAUCAAUGUGACUGAUUAUUCUGCUCCUACAUUAAGAGCUGUAGCACCUGGUAGCACCCAGCCUGGCCUCCAGUCCCCAGAGCCUCUCUUAAACAAACUCCAGAGAAAUGAACCAGAAAAGCUACAGGUUACUACUAGUAACACUCCUAAUAGCGUUAACAAUAAGAAUUGGAAGAGAGGGGGGAAGAGAAGAAUGAUCUCAAGGCCUGCAUCCUCAGAAGUACAUGCACCUACUCCUUUAAAGAAGCAUGUACCUAACCAGUUGGUAUCUCCACUGUUAGCAGCUAGUCCUUCAGUUAUGCCUGUAUCUAAUCCAUCAGUUACUGUAGCUAAAUCCAGGACUCUUCCUAAAUCUUAUCCACCAGAAGUGCUGCAUGGCUUUACUGAUUUUCAUGACACUCCUGCUCCCCUCCUUUCUUCUGAGACUACUGUGAAUAAGCCAAAGCUAAAAGAGCCUUACUCUGUGUCAGUGGCACCAGUUUCUACUACUACCACUACUACUACUACUACUAGUGGUAGUGGUCUAACUGGGAGCCUUGCUAAACCAUUAGAAAGCUUUGUUAGCAAGUGCCUCUUGCAUAAGCAGAAAUACUCAACUACUUGCCUCAAGUAUUCUGGUAGCUUCUCUGUAGAUAUGAUGAAGUAUAUGUCACCUAAAAAACCGGUAGCAGCAACAAGUGCAACGCCAGACAGGUAUUAUGUACCACCUUCAAAGACAAGCACACCUCUUUUUGGACAAAAAUCUACAAGCUCAACUCCAUUGUUUUACAGGAGUACAAGUAAAGAGGAAGUGGCUACUGUGCCGCCAAGCUCUCAUUUCUCGUUGGAUCGUUUAAGUACCAAUUCCACUCAAUUUAAACUCAAUCAUUUAUAAAUAUUCAAAAAAUGAUUUUGCUGUUGUCAUUUUAGUUUACAGUAUUUAGCUAUUAUCCAUAUGCGAUUCAUUUUAAGUUGUUUUCCUCUGUUAACUAUCAGUCUCUUAUCUGUAUGUAAUAAUUCUUUUGUUAAUCCACUUCCUUCCAUUAAUUCUGCCAUCUCUUCUAUUGAAUUCAUAAGAAAACUAAAUCUUUAAUUUA